GUCACACAAACUAUUCUUAUCUAACUUAAUAUGAAAGUCUAGGUUAAUAGAGGGGGUUCAUGUUUCAGUAUCCCAAUAGUUAUAGAGCAACUACAAAAAGUUUCCUGAUAUGUUUAUUGCUACAGGUCUGAUACCGGAUCAUCCGUGCAAGCCGAUGGAGUCUAGCUACAGCAGCCUAGCGUUUUGAAAAUUCUUUCAAUUACUCGUAUGCAGAUACGAUGCUUCAAGAUCUACAUACCGGCAACUUAACACAGUCUGCUGAGUCCGAGCCUCCAAUAGACUUCCCCUGGAACUGGAUGGAUCUGCAGGAUGCCUAUUAUGAGGAGCUAACUACAGUCCAAACUGUUCUGGAUCCCUACGUGCAAGGACCCUACACCUACUACAGCCAGGACAACAGCCAGAACCCAAAUGGGGCAUCCCCUUGUCUGACGCAGUGUCCGCUUCCCGAGGACAUAUACAAUACGCAGCCAUUCACUUACCCUCAGACCUAUCCGUUACCACCAUGUAACCAGAGCCCUUCUCUUUCUGAAGACGACCCAAAUCUCGAGGUGUCUGACAGCGAUUCCAGUGUGGGUUCUCCUCCGUGCUUCCCGGUUCAUGAACAAGAUUACUUGUUGUGGGUGCGGGAAGAGGUUUUGUUGGGGCUGGCAGCAAAUGUUAAAUUCCCCUACACCACAGGAGGCCACGAUGUUCGGAAGAAGGUUCGAUUAUACAAGUUUCUUUUGGAGCUCCUGCAGAAUGGGGACAUGAGAGACUGCAUCUGGUGGUUGGACCGAGAGAGAGGGACCUUUCAAUUCUCCUCGAAGCACAAAGAGCUGCUUGCUCACCGAUGGGGGCAACAAAAGGGAAACCGUAAAAAGAUGACCUACCAGAAGAUGGCUCGCGCUCUACGCAACUAUGGCAAGACUGGAGAGAUCAGGAAGGUGAAGAAGAAGCUGACAUAUCAGUUUGACAGUGUAUUACUGAACGAAAGGAACGUAGAGUCCACCAUGCAUCCCCUCUCCUAAACCGGCCAUCAUCUUCGGUCAACUUUUAUAUACUUUUCGUUUUCUCUUAUUUCAAUGAAAUUUUGUGACCAUCACCCUGGCAAGUAUAUAACCAUCACUUCAAUAUCUUCAUUGAAUAUCACUGUAAAGAAUCAUAUUCACUGUGUAAUGAAAAAAAUAGAAAGGAAGGCAUUUAAUUCCACGAUGGACCUUCUUCAAAUAUGGCACCUUCAGAUCUGGACCACGAAGGAAACAAUUUAUACUGUUGGGACACGUUCUGUCUAUGGAAAUCAGACAUUUUCCGACAAGUGAAUGAUGAAGCACAAGAAUGUUCUAUAUAACCAAAAUGUUCUUAGCCAACUACCACCAUUGGUGUCUUCAGAGCGGGUACCUACCGCCAGGUCUCAUCACGGACAGUUGGGAUACUUCAUGUACUUCAUCUACUAAACAGAGUGAUCCUCCUUUUGUCCAUGUCAUGAAGGGCUACGAAACAACAAAGAACUUCUUCUGUUAGAAAGAGGCUUUGAAUUAGUUUUGUUCCCGAAUGCUUUCUGUCGGUAGGCUUGGCAGAUGCUUUCUAAAAAUCUGUUGUGACGUUUUAUUCACUUUUCCUUUGUUUUAUUUUUUAACCAUUUCUUUUCUUCCAUAUUGGAUAGAUUAGAGAUUAAAAUACAAUUAAGAGACUUAUAAUCAUUCAUGAUUCCAUUAGUUCAAUAACCAGCACUGCCAUGUGUAUGGAUCUCUGACGCAGCUAUAUGGUCCACUUCCUCAGAUAGUCAACAUGAAUAUCCUAAAGUUUAUUCCAUUUACAAAAAAAACCUUUCAUUGUUACCAGCUUGUGGAUGGAAUACACUCCUGGCUUACACGGUAAGAUAGGCUAGAAUUCCUAAGAAGGCCACUGCAGUUUUUGAGCCAAAGCAGAAGUGGAUUCAAAAGGAAUAGGGCAUAUAAAGGAAGGACUUAUACUUCUCCUUCCUACUGGAUCCACUUCUGAGUUUGGCUCAAAAAAUGCUUGCCUGAAUAAUACCUAUGUGGAGAACACUGGGUUAUAGAGUGGGUGACCAGGAGUCUACAGAGGGGUCACUUACUAAAUAUGGUCUACUGGUUACGGAGAUAUGGGCUUUCAAAGGUCCGUUGUUUAGUCCAGUAAUUUGCGCUGUGGAGGCGGACCCCGCUGACUGGUCACCACUGCCUCCUUCGGUCAGCUCAUAAUACUGCCCCCGAAAUUUGCAUAUUCAGUAUCUUCGACUCCACGUCCUAGUGACGUGAAGUCCCCGGUCACGUGAGCGCUGCACUCUGUCAGUGCGGCGUAUACCCAGUGAUACGGAGCGGUCGCAGCAGGGAGAGCUCUCACCUCAUCAGGACAUGAGAGCUGUACGCAAUCUUCAGUUUACCAAUAGAUUCCCCCCUUAAGAUUAUCCAAUAAUAACCCUUUCUUCCCAUAUACCCUUUAAAAAUUUCCCAUGAGCUUUAUUGAUUGUUUGCUACACCAACAGUACGCAAUCUUCAGGCGCAUGCGCUCUACCGACAGAGCGCAACGUUCACGUCACUAGGAUGUGAGGUCAAAGAUAAUGAAUAUGCAAAUUGUGGGGGCAGUAUUAUGAGCUGACCGACGGAGGCAGAGACGCACAGUCAGCGGGGCCCGCCUCCACAGCGCAAAUUACUGACUACACAACGGACCUUUGAAUGAAAGCCCAUAUCUCCGUAACGAGUGGACCAAAUUUAUUAAGCUGGUCACCCACUCUAUAACCCGAUUUUCCUUUAAAGGAGCAUUCAGUAGUAGAGGGCACAAGGGGACCAUGCAGCAUUCAAAGAAUUAGCAAGAUCUUUUUAGGAGGCCAUAGGAUUCCCAGUUCACCAGGAGGAGGAAUGGACAUCACUGGCUUCAGCUGAUCUUUAAUGGGGUACUCUGCUGCUCAGCAUUUGGAACAAACUGUUCCGAACGCGAG